UCCUUCCCCGCGGGAGUCCUUAGCCGGUUCACAACCAACAAUGUCUACGUCGAGCAUGUCUAUAUUUCUACCUUUCAUGCCGUUGUUCUCUAACUUCCGAUUCCCUGAACGGCCAAAGUAGUCUAGUUACAAUUUUGGGGACAGAAUGACAGCCCAUCAACCGCCUCCGCUUACAGGCAUACGCGUGCUAGAAUUCGCGGGACUGGCACCAGGCCUCCUCCUCGCCGACUAUGGCGCAACCGUGCUCCGACUCGACCGCGCUGCAGCAGGCCUUACCAGCGACCAACUCACACGGCGCAAGACGUCGAUAUGCGUGAACCUCAAGUCUCCCUCAGGCCUUGCGCUCAUUAAGAAACUCAUCCCAAAGGUGGACGUGCUCAUCGACCCGUUUCGCCCAGGCGUGUUGGAAAAGGCCGGUCUGAGUCCAGAGGAAGUACUACUCAAACUCAACCCGCGCCUCAUAGUAGCGCGCAUGACGGGUUUCCGGCGCGACGGGAAAUACAGCCACAUGGCUGGGCAUGACAUCAACUACAUUGCGGUAUCAGGCGUCCUAUCGCUAUUUGGACGGCAAGGCGAGAAGCCGUAUCCGCCUGGCAAUGUAGUGGGAGAUUUCGCGGGCGGCGGGGCUAUGUGUUUCCUGGGCAUAUUGCUUGCCCUGCUGGCGCGAGAGAAGAGUGGGGUUGGACAGGUUGUCGAGGCGAACAUGGUGGAUGGGAGUGCAGUUUUGGCUACGAUGCCGCGAUUGGGGAAGAAGACGCAGGUUUGGGGUGGAGAUAGGGGGACGAAUAUGCUAGAUGGCGGGGCGCCAUAUUACGAUACGUAUGAGACCAAGGAGGGGAGAUUUGUGGCUGUGGGCGCCAUUGAGCCGCAAUUCUACGCCGCCCUCCUCAAGGGCCUCCAACUCACGCCCUCUGACCUCCCAGGCGACCGCGACAACAAAGCUGAUUGGCCCAAGCUAAAAGCCUUCUUCACCACAGUCUUCAAGACCAAGACGCGCGCGGAGUGGGAGCAAAUCUUUGACGGCACAGAUGCAUGCUGCACCCCUGUCUUCACACAGGCUGAUCUUGAGGCCCAGGGUUUCGAGCAGCGGCCUGCUGUUACGCUGAGGGAUACGCCAGGACUUGCUAUUGCUGAGGGGGGAGAAGGGCGGCCGGCUGCUGUUGGGCAGGGGAAAGGCUACGAGGGCAGUGGGUGGGUGGAGAAAGGGUUGGUGCCAGGGGAGGGAGGGAAAGAUACCCUUGCGCUGUGGACGGGGUGGGCCGAGGGGAGGCAGUAUGUAGAAGAGGGAGGAGGACUGGUGUGGAAAGAUGGUGCCAAGUUAUAGACGAAAUAGCUCUGAGUUCGGCAAAGAAGUUAUGCACUUGUAUUGUGUUUCGCCCGA